AUGAAACAAAUAACAUUUAUAAUCUUUUUGAUUUUAUUGACUAUUAAAGUUAGUGAAUCAGUGACUUGUGUCAAUCCAGAAGGAAAAGCAGUCAAAUGGUGGAUUCAUUUGGCAGAUGCCGAUUCAGCUUCACAAGACAAUAUGUAUGCAAGAGGACUUUACUAUGAUAAUCUUCUAGAUUUGAUGAAAAAACAUGUUGAUCAAGCAAAUGGUCCGACCAUAACAGACCAACAAUUUAAGGAUAAAAAAUAUUUAGGAUUGGAAUGGUAUCAUGACCAAGGUAAUGAAUAUAGAGUAAUUGAUAAGAGUGUUUUCUAUCAUGGUCAUGUCAAGUCAUUGUACGUUUAUGAUUUGAGAGAUGAUGAUGCAACAAAGAAUACCGGGUUUUUCGUUUCACAUUCAAUGAGAAUGCCAGAUUUAAAGAGUAGUAGAGAUGGUUUGUACGAGAAAGCAAGUGGUGUUCAACCAUCACAACAUGCAUUCUGUAAUUCGUUGACUGGAAAACCUGAUCUUCUCAAAUACUUUGAUAUUCUGCAGAAUACCAAAGCUGUUUUUGUUCGUUCAAAGGAUAAUCGCAGAUACUUUCAACCAGAACUCACUCUGAAAGCUCCUUUGGAUCAAUGUGAUAAACAAUGGGGACAAUAUGUUCACAGCGAUCGAUUUAGAGAUUGGAACAAUGCUGAUGGAGAUCUCAUUCUCAAAAAACUGUUUACCAAUACGGAUUCAUACACAAUUACCAAAAAAUAUUGUAUGGAGAAUGGAGGACCAUUUACACUUGGUUCUUUCGAAACAUUUUCAUUUUAUGCUCGAUUGAAGACACCUUGCAAUUCACAUGAUAAAACAACAGCCUUUUUUAAAGCUUCAAUUCAAGACAAUGACAUGAAGAAUGAAAAAGUAUUCAGUAAAUGUUUUGCGUUGAACUAUGGCAAGGAAAUCACUGAUUAUACUAAGUUUGAGAAUAACCAUUUCAAAAAAUAUGGUUGGUUUGAAGAUGAAAAUCCAAUCAAAGUAGAAAUGUUGUCCAACACUCAUUGUUUUAGAAAAGAUAUUCCAAAAGAUGAUUCGAUUUGUUAUGAAGGAAAGAGAGUUUGUAGUUUCACAGACUUUGGAAUGGACCCAUAUUUAUUGGUUGCACAACACUAUGAGUCAAACUUUUUUGUUAGUACCGAUCAAGAAGGAUUCCCAUCAUUGAUUGGAACAACAUUUAGUAUUCGAAACAUUGUUACUUGGAGUCCAUUAUGGAGUGGAGAAAAAGGAAAAGAUGGAUCACUUGGAGAAUCUAGAAGCAGACAUGAAAAGUUGAUGGUUUCCAAAUCAAAGAAUAUCAUUUGUCUUGGUGAUUCAAAUCGAAAUGAUUAUUCAGUUCAUCAUGCUGGAACAAUUUUUUGUAUUAAGAGUGAAAUUUUAGCAAAGAAAGUUCAUCAAUCGAUUGGAUCAUUCAAUCUUUACAGACAAUUCAACUUUGGUAAUAUCAAGAGAAAAGGAUUAAAUUAUUCUCCAUUUGAAAGUACCAAGCCAGUUUGUUAUCUUUAUGCUCAGAGUUUAUAUCAUCCAAUCGCUGAAGUUUCAGUGGAUAUGAAAUUCUUUGAAAGAAUAGGAUCAACCCCUCUCACCAAUUCAUUGAUCACUCCAGGAGAACCAAGUAUAGAUCAAAUUGAAUCUGAGAAAAUAAAACAGGCACUUGAAGGUUUGAAACAUGGCCAACUACACACCAGACAACACACAAAACAUAUAAAAGUUGACGAAGAAUAUGCAAAAAAACGAGCAUUUGAAGAUCCUAUUAGUCAACAGCUAAAGAAAAAGAGAAAGUAA